CCUGCCCCGGAAGCCGCCGCAGCGAGAAAGAGACUCCGGGAGAGGAAGACUGUGACUCGGGCCCAGGGGCCACAGACAUCGGACACAGGCCCGGGGCAGAACAAGAGGCCGUGGACUUUACAAUGUCCUCCUUGGCAUGUGGUUGCCCCCAUCUUGAGUCUCUGGGCGAGGUGACCAAAGAAGAGCUCAUUCAGAAAUCUCACGGCAGCUGCCAAGACUGCAAAGUCAGGGGACCAAACCUUUGGGCUUGUUUGGAGAAUGGCUGUUCCUACGUUGGCUGCGGAGAGUCGUACGUGGACCAUAGCACUACUCAUUCUCAGGACACCAAACAUUGCCUCACUGUGAACCUCACCACGCUGCGAGUCUGGUGCUACACCUGCAGUAAAGAAGUGUUCCUGGAUCGGAAGCUGAACGCGCAGUCUCCGAGCGCCAAACCUCAGGAUAACAACCCCGUGCAGGAAUCAAGGAUGACAUCAAACCUGACUCUAAAAACACCCCCCGCAGUGAUUUACGAGAACCUGGACAUAGAACUGGAAGAAGAAGACGAGCUCAAGACCCGAGGUCUCACUGGACUGAAGAACAUCGGAAACACUUGUUAUAUGAACGCCGCCCUGCAGGCUCUGUCCAACUGCCCCCCCCUCACACACUUCUUCCUGGACUGCGGUGGAUUGGCGCGCACCGACAAAAAGCCAGCGCUCUGUAAAAGCUACCAGAAGCUGAUGUCUGAAAUCUGGCACAGAAACCGGCCUGGCUCUGUCAUUCCUACUAAUCUGUUCCAAGGCAUAAAAACAGUAAACCCAACUUUCCGUGGCUAUUCCCAGCAGGAUGCCCAAGAAUUCCUUCGCUGUUUGAUGGACGUAUUACACGAAGAACUCAAGGAGCAAAUGUUUGAGGCAGAAGAGGAUCCUCAGCCCGGCAUCUUGGAGGAGAUCAUGGAAGAGGAGAAGAACCAGUCGGACAACGACUUUCAGUCCUGCGAGUCCGGUUCCAGCAGUGACCACAACGAGAACGAAAGUCGGAAGUUAUCGGAGGAACUUUCAGAAUCUGCCAUGUUAAUCCAGGAGGACCAAAAGGAGCAGGAACCGGUGAAAUCCUGGCAGAAAGAAAAGAAGAACUUCAACAACCUAAGUCAGAACAACUGCCUGCAAGAUCUGGAGAAGAACCUCGAGAGCUUAGUGGAGGACAAUGAGUAUUCCUCUCAAGGAACAGUCAAGGUCCAGAUCCAGAGUCGAAUAUCAGACUACGCUACAGAAGUCAUCAUGAAUGACCUGUCUGCCUCUCAGACGCCCUUACUCAGUGAAGGCUCAGCUCCUCACUUGUCAAGCAGUCCUCCAAAAUCCAGAUCUCUUUGGACAAGCCAUAAAAAAGCUCCUACAGUUUGCCUUCCUAAGAAGAAGAGGCAGAAGAAGUAUCGCAGUGUGAUCUCCGAUGUCUUUGACGGGACCAUUGUGAGCUCAGUGCAGUGUCUGACGUGUGAUAGGAUCUCUGUAACACUGGAAACAUUUCAGGACCUUUCCCUCCCGAUCCCGGGGAAGGAAGAUCUGGCUAAGUUGCAUUCAUCAAGCCAUCAGACCUCUUUAGUUAAAGCGGGCUCAUGUGGGGAGGCGUAUGCACCUCAAGGAUGGAUAGCUUUCUUCUUGGAAUAUUUUAAGAGCUGGUUCUGGGGUCCCACGGUUACACUACAAGAUUGCCUCGCAGCUUUCUUUGCCAGAGACGAACUUAAAGGUGACAACAUGUACAGCUGUGAGAAAUGCAAAAAGUUAAGAAAUGGCGUCAAAUUUUGCAAAGUGCAGAAAUUUCCUGAGAUAUUGAGCAUACAUCUCAAGAGGUUCCGACACGAGCUCAUGUUCUCCACCAAAAUCGGGACCCAUGUAUCUUUCCCAUUGGAAGGUCUCGACCUGCAGCCGUUCCUUGCAAAGGACAGCCCAAGUCAGAUAGUCACCUAUGACCUUUUGUCUGUCAUCUGCCACCAUGGCACUGCCAGCAGCGGCCAUUACAUCGCCUAUUGUCGCAACAACCUGAACAAUCUUUGGUAUGAAUUUGACGACCAGAGCGUCACAGAAGUGUCUGAGGCCACCGUGCAGAACGCUGAGGCUUACGUCCUCUUCUACAGAAAGUCAAGUGAAGAUGCCCAGAAGGAGCGGAGACGCGUGACAAGUCUGCUGAACCUGACAGAACCCAGCCUCCUGCAGUUCUACAUCUCACGCCAGUGGCUCAAUAAGUUUAAGACGUUUGCAGAACCUGGGCCCAUAUCAAAUAAUGACUUCCUCUGCGUGCAUGGCGGUCUUCCACCACGUAAGGCUGGCCUGAUUGAAGACCUUGUGGUGAUGCUGCCACAGAACAUAUGGGAUUAUUUAUAUGGCAGAUUUGGAGGGGGCCCAGCUGUGAACCACCUCUAUGUGUGUCACACCUGUCAGAAUGAACUGGAGAAGAUCGAAAAAAGGCGGAAAAUGGAACUGGAGACGUUUAUUCGGCUAAAUAAAGCUUUCCAAGAAGAGGACUCUCUGGCUGUUAUUUACUGCAUCAGCAUGCACUGGUUCCGGGAGUGGGAAGGGUUCGUAAAGGGCAAGGACGUCGAUCCUCCUGGAGCAAUAGAUAAUUCAAAAAUAGCCGUCGCAAAGUGCGGGCAUAUAACUCUGAAGCAAGGAGCGGAUUCUGGGCAGAUAUCAGAAGAAACUUGGCAUUUCCUCCACUCCAUCUACGGCGGUGGUCCCGAGAUCACCCUAAGACAAACUGUCCCUGUCGCCGAAGCCGGCCAGUCGGAGGAGAAGAUUGACGUAGAGACGCGGAAUGUAUAACCUGCUUUCUUGGCGCUGGCGUCCUGUCCCUGGAGUCGCUAAUCUGUGGCGGGUUCUUGAUUUUGACCUCUGACAUUCCUUCACUAUACAUUUAGAAGCGUUUAUCGUUCUUUUCGGCUGUGAUUUUAAGUGUCCUAUUUAUGUUUUCUAUGAGAGCGAGGGGAGAACAUGGAGUCUUUUUUUUUUUUUUUCUUUUUCAUUUCGGACGACCUAUGGAAACGUUUAAUUCUUUUUAAUCUUCCUUUUAAUCCUGCCGACUUGUAAAUAAUAUCCGAACCGCGUCCUUGGCUGCGGAGAGCUGCAGAGGCCACGCAUGAAACCGACUCCUCCAUGCCUUGUGCUCUCUCCCUUUGGGCGUUCCCCGGUCCUAUCCCAUGUUGUCAGGACGUUUUGAGGACAUGCCCCCCCCCCCCCUUAUAUUUGAUUUUUUUAAUAUAUAUUAUUUAAGUCACUGCACCUUUUCUUGGGGUGUGCCGUGCAGACAAGAGAAGCACUUUUUUUCGAUUAACUACAGGUAAAGUCUAUGCCUCUGUCCUUCCCCGUGUACCCGAUCAAAUAGUAUUUUUCUAUAGAGUUAUGAAUUGGUGCCAGGAUUGACGAUGGGGCUCCACGUACUCGUCAGGUUUGAGGGGCCCCUGUGGUCCCGAGGAGCAGAUGAAGGAUUCGCUGGUUACCUGGCAGCUGUUUUUUAUUUUGUAUGUUCUGGCGCAUGGCAUGCUCCGACGUGACGAAAUGCUUUUAUUUUGGUAAUGAUCUUAGUCGACGCUCCAGGAAGCGCUGUCCGUAUAUUUAUAGAAUUCAGGUUGUUUUUACUGGUUUCCCAAUGGCGUUCUCCGUAAGCUGAGAUCUGCUUAGCCCCGAAGAGCACAGGUUCAUAAAGGAGUGACUCCCCACCCCCACAAAAUGGACCAGUUUAGAAUAAGGGUACCUGGACACGGUUGAACGCGGAGAAAGUCCACCCCAAUUUCCGUGCGUUUCUGCACCCAAAAAAUCCCAAACCUGCUAUUUCUAAUUGCAUUUUUUUGGUGCAGAUCUCACCCUUCGUUUGAAAAAAGGGUGAAAACCGCAAACCUAAAUCGACAUGCUGCAGAUUUGAAAAUCCGCACCGCAGGUCAAUUUCAGCGUAGAUAAGAAUUGUCUUUCUGCAUGGGAAUCCGCAGCGUGUGCAGGUACCCUUAGGCUAAAUGCAUACGAUCAGGAUUGUGUGCGGAGAAUCGGCGCCGUAGGUUAUGCACAUUGUAUUCUAUGAGAAUUUAAAAUUCUCAUGCACACGAUGCAGAUUUUAAAAUCCCCAACAUGUCAAAUUAUUUAAUUUUUUUUCCAUUCACUUAAAUGGGGGAGAGGAAAAUCCGCACUAAUUGAUUGUCCGCACAUGAAUCCUGAACGUGUGCAUUUACCCUAAGGAAGCACAAGCAGAACCAGUCUGAAGUCCACCCGAAAGCACAAACGAUCGUUUAUGGUCGCUAAAUAAAAACCAUUUGUACAAAGGUUGGUGAUUGUCGCUGAUGUAGAGUAGUUUGCAUUUGUCUAGUUGCAGCAUUUAGAAUAAUACAUUUUGCUGAGACCGCCAGUAAAGUCAGUGGAGCA